AUGUCCCAACAAGAUUUGAUAACAGCUCGGUGGGAUACCAAAUUUGUUGAGUUCUUAGAGCAAAUACUAGUUAUUAAAACUGAAGAUUGUCAUGUCGAAGCACUUAUCAACUAUGUUAAAGAAAAUCAGACAUAUCAAGUUCCAGGAAUCAUCUCAAUUAAAAUUGAUGAAGGAAACACAAAAUAUCUGACUUGGAUUAAACAAAUUACCCUACAAGCUGCUGUUCAAAAUGAUCUCUAA